CAAUGACUAGAGUAACACAAGCGUUGCUCCUCACCUGCAGGUCUGAAGAUGACGGGCCAGGCGGCUGAAAGGGAUCGGUCUCCACACAGUCUGUCUGUGAAGACCACCUUAGAGGAGGAGAUGGAUAAAGCCGAGAGUAUUCGCAGCAGGGUGCCAUCCUUGUGUGAUGAUACGUCAUCAGAGCUACAAAGAGUUGCUGCUCUCGACCCUGGACGCAGUUCCAGAAAUUCUCUUCAAAGGAACGGAGCCGUUUCAAGACUGGUGUGCUUGGUGGUGAGACUGAGAGAAUGGGCCCACAGGAGCCUGCUGGAGGAGGAGGAGCGGCCGGACUCCUUCCUGGAGCGCUUUCGUGGCCCCGAGCUGCGAAUGGCCCCCAGCCGCAUUAGCAACACACAACCAGAUGCCAACGGCAACGAGGCCAAAGGGAUCUUUAGGAAAAAGUGGAAUUUGUUUGUGGUGUCCCCAGCCGACGACGCCUACUACCGCUGGUUAUCUGUAAUCGCCAUGGCGGUGCUCUACAACUGGUUCCUUGUUGUAGCGAGGGCAUGCUUUGAAAAAUUGCAGGUGAGCAAUUACAUCUGCUGGCUGGUGUUGGACUACCUCUCUGACUGUGUGUACAUAAUUGACACUUGCGUCCGACUUCGCACAGGGUUCUUGGAACAAGGUUUGCUGGUGAAGGACCACGCCAAGCUCAGAGACAGCUACGUCCGUACGCUCCAGUUCAAGCUGGACGUGGUGUCCAUCCUGCCCACGGACCUGGCGUACAUCUCCACCGGCAUCCACACGCCGCAGCUCAGGUUCAACCGUCUGCUUCGAUUUCCGCGCAUGUUUGAAUUCUUUGACCGCACCGAGACGCGCACCAACUACCCCAACAUCUUCCGCAUCGGCAACUUGGUGCUCUACAUCCUGGUCAUCAUUCACUGGAACGCCUGCAUCUACUACGCCAUAUCCGGUUCUUUGGGAUUUGGCUCGGACACUUGGGUGUUCCCAAACAUCUCCAAACCCGAGUUUUCCUCCCUGACUCGGAGUUACGUGUACUGCCUGUACUGGUCGACUCUUACUCUCACCACUAUUGGAGAGAUGCCGGCGCCUGUGCGGGACGAGGAGUACCUCUUCGUGGUCUUUGACUUUCUCGUCGGGGUGCUCAUCUUUGCCACAAUCGUGGGAAAUGUCGGCUCCAUGAUCGCCAACAUGAAUGCCACCCGCGCCGAGUUCCAAGCCCGGAUAGACGCCAUCAAACACUACAUGCACUUCCGCAAGGUCAACAAAGAACUGGAGACACGCGUGAUCAAGUGGUUCGACUACCUCUGGACCAACAAGAAAGCAGUCGACGAGAAGGAGGUGCUGAAGAAUUUGCCAAACAAACUGCGGGCGGAGAUUGCAAUCAAUGUCCACCUGGAGACCCUGAAGAAAGUACGCAUUUUUCAAGACUGUGAGGCGGGCCUCCUGGUGGAGCUCGUGCUCAAGCUUCGCCCCCAGGUCUUCAGUCCGGGGGACUACAUCUGCAGAAAAGGCGACAUAGGGAAGGAGAUGUACAUCAUCAAAGAGGGGAAGCUGGCCGUGGUGGCGGAUGACGGCCUCACUCAGUACGCUCUGCUCACCGCCGGCAGCUGCUUCGGGGAAAUCAGCAUCCUGAACAUAAAAGGCAGCAAAAUGGGAAACCGUCGGACGGCCAACAUCCGCAGCUUGGGCUACUCCGAUCUCUUCUGCCUCUCCAAGGAUGACUUGAUGGAAGCAGUGACCGAGUAUCCGAAUGCCAAGACGGUGCUGGAGAAGAGGGGCCGCGAGAUCCUGAUGAAGGAGGGCCUGCUCGAUGAGCACACGGAGACCGGCGGGCUGCAGAAAGAGGACACGGAGGAGAAGGUGGAGAGGCUGGAGUCCUCUCUGGACACCCUUCAGACCCGCUUUGCCCGCCUCCUCAGCGAGUACAAACACACGCAGCAGCGGCUGAAGCAGCGCAUCACUCUGCUCGAGCGGCAACAGAACCAAACAGACUGCGGCGCGGACGCAUGCGACGGCGUGGCGUCAGACGCAGAAACCUCUAGUGGUGCCGUUGCCUGCGCAGACGGGUCUCCGCGGCGCAGUGAUGAGCCAAUGGAAGACAAGGGGAGCCCUGCAAGACUCUCCCACUAAAGACAGUUUAGAUUGUUUCUUCCAUUGUGAAAACUGCUAUGCCAAAGCAGUCUUUGAGUUCUUGUAACAGAAUGAGGGAAUUGAAUGUGUUGAAAUGGUGUCUUUAAAGGUGUAUCCAAAAUCAAGAUAAGGUAAGAAUUGAGAACAUAUUUUUACAUUUAAACUAGUGCUGUCAAUUUUUUUUUUAUCACGAGAUAUAAAAAUAUUUGGAGGGGGGAUGGAUGACUGUUGCCUGAAAAUGUCAACAGGCUUGUCUGCUUGAGUAGCUGCUGAAAGCAAAGAAGAAGAAGGCUUACCUUUUACCUUUUAUUGGUAACCUAACUGUUACGGUUCAUUGUUUAUGAAAUAAGAGGCCUGACUGCUUUGUUCACAGCAAACUUGAAAAAAAGAAAAUAUUAACCCGUGGUUUAACUGCACUAUAGGCUGAGUCCUUGUUUACCUGAAAUGUGCACUUUAUAAUUUUGUUUUAUACC